UUGUCGUCUGCGUCUGCAGUCGACUGUUCAGUUUCUGUGCUGAAAAAUAUGUAAACACAUUUCUUCAGUGUGCAAUUUUCUUUAAUUUUUAACACAAUGGCCGAAACAGAACCAGAUUUACAACAUGAUUCUCCAUCUCCUCCAUCAUCGCCAGAUUCAGUAGCAGCUGAGGUCGAAGAGGAAGAAGAUCCGGGUAUUGAUCAAGCUGACCUUGAAAGAAUUUACAAAAAUCUUCAAGGACCUUUGCUAUGGGGUUUGCCCGAGUUCAAUGAAACUAAAAUGUCUCGCCACAUUUAUAGAAUAAGGGACUUACUGCUUGUGCCUCAUAGUACCUGGGGUGCUGUUGUUCUUCGUUUCACCUUAUGCUGGUUAUAUUUUAAGCAUGGCGAAGUAGAUCAAAGCAGGGCACAACUUUCAGAAAUUGAUGCCCUAGUACAGACUGUGGAGUGGAGUGGAGAAGAUGGCGCAUUGCUACGUCGUUGCUUAGAUGGAGUGGAACACGUCCUUCAAACUACUUGGGUUCAUCUUGCCCAUAGAAAUGUGCCAUUACGAGACAUGUGGUUUGAGUUGGCUCAAAUCACUCCUUUCAAAGACUUGAGCCCUCAACAGCAAGCGGCAGUGUGGGGCCUUCAGGCUUCCUGUCGCUACUGCUUUUUUGAGUGGGUUGGCUUUAGGUUGAAAGCUGCUGCGAUAAGAGCCCAAGAACUUUAUCCUCGGGAGCCCGAAUGGCAAAGGGUGUAUGGCGACCAGCCUGCAAGUGUAGUAGGGGAUGCCUUCACUCCACAUAUUGCCAUCUAUGGUGCAACCUGGCAUCUUCAAAAGAAAAGGCCUGAGCCGGCCCGAGAGCUCCUCAGGCGAGCACUUACAGCUUGGCCAGAAAAUGCCUUUGUUCAGCUGAAUGCAGCUGUUAUGUUUGCUAGGGAGAAAAGCUCUAUACGUGAUGAAGAGAUGGCUGAGAAAUGCUCUGCUGCAGCAGUUCGGAUUGCACCAGAUUGUGUGAUAGCAAAUGUUGUGAGAAGAAUGGUUAUACCAUCCCACCAUGCCCCUUGCCUUGCUUUGUGCGAAACUACUUAUGGCAAAAAUGUCCUGGCUCUUCUGCCUUUUAUGAGCACUGGCACAUUUUCUUUAGAGGUAAUCAUGAGAGGGUUCUUCAUGCGAUGAUUUUUGCAUUUGUUUAUGUCCAUACUUAAACAUAUUGCACUCAUAACUCUGAAGAUGCUGAAUCAACUGGUGUUUAUAAGAAGCAAAUACGUUUUCAGCUCUGUCUCAAGCAAUAAACUUCAUUAUUCUAGUAACAUAGGUUAUUUCUUUUGAGUUUUUUAGACCAAAGUGAGUCUGGACAAAGUUAGUAUGGUCAUUUUUAGAUGAGAAAUCAGGAUAUAGAGUUUCAUUUCUUUAGCUUUAUUGUACUAUUUGACUCAGGAAAUUCAUGAUUGUGAUGUGCUUCUAAUGAAAUUAUGAGUAGGGUUUACACUGAGACAUAUAUGGGAAGUUGCCUUUCAAUCUUCAUCACGUUUUCAAUGCAUUUUCAUGAUAAUUAAUUCCCGAGGUAUUGCCAUUCAACCAAAAAGUGGCAAGCUAAUAUCUGGUGCCAAACUGAAUUUCCAAAUGGCUUUAGAGGAAUUUUUGUGUUUCUGUCAAAGGAAGAAUUCCAUUUAAGCUCAGCUAUUGAGUCCAUGUAUCAGCUGGUAAUUGGGUGUUGCAGCAUCAAGUCUGAUGCAUUGCUAUACAGCUGUGUUGGAAUGGAACCCUCUUUCUUCUUAUUAUUUUAUUUUUUGCCCACAUAAUGUGAGGUUUUUAGUAACAGGUUUUCAAAUUGAUAUUUAUGUAACUUUCACCUCAUUGUGAUAUGUAACAUAAUUUUUAUGAUAAUCAAUAUUUCCAGCUUCUCUUUCAAA